AUGGUCGCUCAUGCCAACAAGUCGGUCACCACGUCACGUUGCAAAAACAACCACGCCCGGGCCAACCACUCCGUCGUUCGGUUCGAUCCUUCGGGCCAACAUCAAACCAUCGACCUCGUAAUUGACGGGCCGACUCAUUGGCUGACCUUACAACGGUUGAUCACCAAGUCGCUUGAUGGACGACCAACCUCAAAGAUUACCAAGCCACAUGAUCACAGUCGAGCCCAAAAUUGUGACCUAAUUAUGGACGACCUAACUAAUCACCACCACAAAUCGCCCGACUUCAUCGCCCGAUCGACCUCAACAUUUGUUCGAUCACUCAAGAUGGGGAUGACUUCACAAUCGAGCCCAGACUUCCAACCGGGGCCCAACCUCGCGGAUAGAGAAGCAGAAUCCAAGCUCCUAAAUCACCCAGUCAACUGGAGCAUCCAAAUCACCGCGCUGGCACCCUUAUCCGGCCAUUUCCUGAGCCACUUGACAGACUUCUUCCCGGGCCAAUUUAUUAUUCUCCUAUCGACGAGUCUCACAGAGAUCAUCGUCAACCCCACACGCGAGUGCCCGUCAUUCUCCAAUCACGUUGACUUUAUUUUCCAAGGCCACGUCGCCACCGCCAUCUCAGGACACCCUCGGAGUUGCCGGGCUGAAGUGCUUCGAAACAACCCGCGCCUCAAGAAUAUCCAUCACCUGCUUAAACCCCCCCACGCACCUCGGCACCUUAUACUGACUAAUCGACACGCCCCUCGCAACCGCACUCUCCAUCACCUCCUCAAACGCCCCACUCCCCACCACUCGUAUCUCCAGCGGCCCAAUCGGCCCAUCCCCCGCCCUCAAAGUCCGAUAAGCCAGAUUAAGAGACUCCUCCACCUCAAAGCAACACUGCCCAAGCACCUCAUCCCCCGGCCAAUUACUUCCCGUGCCCAUCAGCUCCCAGUACAUCACAUAGUGGUCCGGGACACUCGUCGUGUCCACAAAGCUCGUCUUAUUAGCCGCCUUCUCGACCGCCGCCUGAAGCUCGGUCUCCUUCGUCUUCUCCCACUCAAUGUUGAGCACCACGUCUUUCCGUCUCACGAACCGGAACUGUGGGGCCGAGUUGUAGAACCCAGUGACAAGCACGAUGUCCCCGAGUCGAUACCGGUAAAGCCCGGCCCCGUUGGUGACCACAACCUCGUACUCCUUUCCGAUCUCUACGUUGACCAAGUCAACGGGCUUCUGCUCCGAGUGCUGGCCGGUGCUGGGCAGGAACUCGAAGUAGGCGAUGAAUGGCAUGAAAGUGUAGGAGACCUCAGAAGUUUUGCACGUGGGGUGAAGGUUGAUGCCGAGGUAGGACUCGGAGGAUGCGUAAGUCAUGGAAACUAUCGGGAGCCCGCCACUGUAGUAGUUGAGAGUCGGGAUGUACUGAGCCAUGGUUCCGGUGGCGAUGGUCCAGAGAUAUUUCGCGUGGGGCCAGAUUCGCGUGAUUAUUCCUUCCCAGUUGUCGUCGUUCGCGCACUCAGAAGCGAUGGAGUCCGCCAGUUCUGGGUCGGGUUUGUUAUAAGUUCGGGACAUGUAUCCGCGGAUCGACUCGUCGGUGACUCUAGGGUCGAGGGACCCGGUUCGUAUGUCGUGGGUGAGUUGCUUCCAGUUGGUGUGGAGGAACUUGAUGACUCGGACGAGGGUUGA